AUGGUUGAUGGCUUUGUGUCAUAUGCAGUUAAAAAACUGGGGGAUUUCCUCAUACAGGAAGUUUCCCUGCGCAGAAGUCUGAGACAGGAUGUGAUGUGGCUGAGAAAGGAGCUGCUCUUCAUGCAGUCUUUCCUCAAAGAUGCAGAGCAAAAGCAAGUUGAAGAUCAUACAAUUCGACAAUGGGUGUUUGAAAUUAACGAGAUUGCUAAUGACUCUGUCGCUAUACUAGAGACUUACAGCUUAGAGGCAGGUGAAGGUGAUGGCGAUGGACUUGCUAAUCGUCUGAAGGCUGCUGAAGGUGAUGGCGAUGGACUUGCUAGUCGUCUGAAGGCUUGCGCUUGCAUCUGCAGGAAGGAGACCAAAUUCUCCAACGUUAGCAAGGAGAUCCAAUCCCUCAAGCAGCGAAUCAAGGAUAUCUCUCGCAAACGAGAGACUUAUGGUAUUAGAGAUAUCAAUAAUGUAGGAGAAGGACCAAAUAAUUAUAGGCCAAACAAUCAGAGAUCUGGCUUGAGGAGAACUACCUCCUACAUGGAUAAGCAGGAUCAGAUUUUUGUUGGCUUUGAGGAUGUCGUAGAAAGAUUGCUUGCUGAACUUGUCAAAGAAGAGCCACGCCGAACCGUCAUCUCCAUUUAUGGCAUGGGUGGGUUAGGCAAGACUACUCUUGCAAAACAUCUCUACCACUCCCCUAGCCUAACCGGUAUCUUCAAUGCACGUGCUUGGGUAUGUGUUUCUCAACAGUAUAACACCAUCGAUCUCCUAAAGGAUAUCAUCAAAUCCAUCCAAGGACGUGACAGGGAAACUCUAGAUCUGCUAGAAAAGAUGACAAUCACAGAUCUAGAAAAGCACCUUCAGGAUCUACUGAAAGAGAAAAAAUACCUUGUGGUGGUCGACGAUGUAUGGCAGAGAGAAGCAUGGCAAAGUCUGGAAAGAGCACUUCCAGAUAGCAAUAAUAGAAGUAGAGUUAUUAUUACCACGCGCAAUGCGGAUGUGGCCAAAAGAGCACAUAAAAGGAGGCUAGAAGAAUGGGAAAGGGUGAAGGAACACCUUUGGAGACGUGUGAAAGAUGACUUCAUUGAAAUCUCGGACAUACUAUCACUGAGCUACAAUGAUUUGCCAACUGUGCUCAAACACUGUUUUCUUUACUUGGGUAUUUUUCCUGAAGAUCGUCAGAUUAAAGCUGAAAACCUAAUGUGGUUGUGGAUGGCCGAUGGAUUGAUACCAAGAGAGGAAGAAAGAAUGGAGGAUGUAGCUCAAGACUUCCUGAAUGAGCUGAUAAGGCGAAGCUUGGUUCAAGUGGUAAAGACAUUUUGGGAAGAAGUUACUGAAUGUAGGAUUCAUGAUCUACUUCGGGAUCUUGCCAUAGAAAAGGCAUUGGAGGCAAACUUCCUUGACACUUAUGGUCCGAGAAAUCAAUCCAUAUCCUCCUCAUGCCGCAGACAUACCAUCCAUGGUCAAGGAGAAAGGUACCUCACUCUUGAUUUUUCCAGAUUGAACUUAAGGUCAGCUACAUUCUGUGACCAAAGAGGUCUUGAGCUGGACAGAAUAAAGUUCCGCAAUAUGUUCCAACAUUUAUAUGUGUUAUACUUGGAGAAUGGUUAUGCCAGAUUUACACUACCAGAUUCCAUAGGAAGUUUGUACAGCCUCAGAUACUUAGGCUUUACAGGUUAUUGUGAUUUCCCCUCCUCCAUAGGCAACCUCAAGAAUUUACUGACACUCCGGGCAGAUUCUCCUGAUAGAGUAUCCCGACUACCUCCUGAGAUAGCUAACCUAGUAAAUCUAAGACAUUUAGUCGUUCGAUAUUCAGAACCUCUGCAAGAUAUAAACAAACUCACAAGUCUUCAAGUUCUUAGAGGCAUUUGUUGUGAUCAGUGGCGAGAUGUUAACCCUAUUGAUUUAGUCAAUCUUCGAGAAUUAAGCAUGGGUGAAAUUAAGAAAUCUUACUCCCUAAACAACAUUAGCAGCUUGAAAAGCCUUAGCACUCUCGAAUUGGGAUGUGCUGGUGGUGAAUCAUUCCCAGCCCUAGAAUUUCUUAGUUCUUGUCAAAAGCUCCAGAAAUUGGGGUUAUAUGGGAUAAUAGGAAAACUGCCCCCGUCAAAUCCAUUUCCAAAUUCAAUCACAAUGAUGACCCUUGAGUACUCACGACUCAUGGAAGAUCCGAUGCCUAUUCUGGGAAUGUUGCCAAACCUAAGGGAUCUCCAAUUAGAUGCAGCUUAUUUUGGAGAAGAAAUUACCUGCAGUGAUAACAGCUUCAGUCAACUGGAGUUCCUUCGUCUUGAAGAGAUUCUCCACCUAAAAAGAUGGAAUUUAGGCACAAGUGCAAUGCCUCGGAUUAAAGGUCUUGCUAUCUACAACUGUUACAAUCUAAAGGAGAUUCCAGAGAGAAUGAAAGACGUGGAGAGGUUGAAGGAAUCUGAUUGUUGGUGGAGCGUUUCAAGCACAUUUGAUAUCCUAUUUCGGCCUUUUUCAGAAUAGCAGAGGAGAAGCAACUAGCUAUUAGUGGAAAAUAAAAUGGCAGAUGUGGGUAUUGUUAUGAGCCACUUGAAGAAAUUGACAUUGUAGAAGCAUUAAUCAGAUUUCAGGAUUGUCAAUGAGAGCUCAUUUCAAACUUGAAUAUUUUGCUUUGGUUUUUGAAUAUUUAAUUUCCUUUUAUUUUUGGUUUUAUUGAGUGUGUGAAUUGGUUUGAAUAGAAUUGUUUCUCGGAUUUUAUGCAAGAAUGAUUUUGUGUUGUUUUAA